UCUUACGAGAACCGAAGGCCCCCUCAAAACUGGCGGCGUCGGUAAACAAUUUGCCGCCACACCGCCAAAACAGAGGGCGCAUAAAUACCUUCAAAUAUCCAUUUUUGCCCUCUGUUCUGGUUCAAAGCUCGAUCUCUUUCUAGAUGUUUUGAGAGGGAAACCAGAACCAAAUCGCAGGGAUUUCUGAAGUUGAAUGCUCUUCAAAGUGUUCCUCCAGUGAGAUCAAGGAGAUCAAGAUGAACUUCAAACAUCUUUGGUAUUAGAUCAAGAUAAACUGAUAUUCAAACAUCUUUGGUAAUACGAGCGUCAAAGACAUAAAAGGAGGAUGGAAAAGGUUUCUUCAGUGAUGACAAUUCCUAGAGUUUAUUUGCCUGUUGAUUACACAGAUAAUAUGGCUUCAUUCGGUAACCCUAAUUAUAAAACAGGAGGCAAUUGUGGGGAUAUUACUUUGGGGUUUCGCUUCUUUGGAGAUGAGUUGAUUGAGUUGAAGAAGGGAGACGAAGAACAUUGCUUUGUUCAAGGCCGAUUUUAUUCAGGUCUAGGGUUUCUCAUGAGUUACACUGGUGUUGUGAGUAUUCACAAAAUUUCUCAUUCUAGUUUUUCAGGACAGGCUAGAUUGCAAGCAUUUUCUUUGUAUUCGGAUGCCAUUGCUAAGAAGUGUGGAGGUGAUGCCAAUAUCAGAUAUGCUUGGCAUGGCUCCGGUAAAGAUGGGGUUUCCCAAGUUAUACUUCAUGGUUUUGGUCUUUGCAAUAGACCUGAAGGCAAAGGAGCCAAUGGUGUUGGGAUAUACCUUUCACCCGAGGGUUCAUCCAUUGACAGUUUGGUGUACUCCAAUGUCGAUGACGAUGGCCAGCAACACAUGUUACUUUGUCGCGUUAUUAUGGGAAAUAUGGAGCUAGUCCCAACUGGGUCAGAGCAAUUCCAUCCCAGUUCUGAAGAAUUCGAUUCAGGGGUGGAUAAUCCAAUCACCCCAUCAAGAUAUAUUGUCUGGAGCACACAUAUGAACACUCAUAUAUUGCCAGAAUAUGUAGUGAGCUUCAAGGUUUCUCAUCCUCACUUGACAAAAUUACUCUCUUUGAGGAAUUGGAAAGCAGACUCCAUGGAAAGUUUGAUUGCUUCAAAUCCUCACGUUUUUGGAAAUUCACCUGGAAAAUGGAUGCAACUUCAGCAAAAGAAACCAGCAAAAGUGCCAUUUGUGGUUGCUCACCAUGUGAAGGGGGAGAGUGCUGCAAGAAAACCAAGUUCUGCUUGGAUGCCGUUUCCAAGGUUGAUCUCUGUACUUGCAGGGAUCUUACCACCUUCCAGUAUCAGCCUGAUUGAGAAAUAUCACACUAGUUACUUGGAGAAGAGAAUUACGAGGGAGUGCAUGAUCAAGAAAGUGAGACAAAUUGCUGGAGACAAGGUGCUUGUUGCAGCCAUCAAGUCUUACCGGUCUAAGCAAUUAAAAGAGUUGGCACAUCAGAGAACUCCAUUUCCAAGGCAGAGUAACUCAACCGAUCCUGGUUCUUGUACAAGUGAGAACACAAUCUCCACCGCGGACUCCAGAACCCAUUAAUCAUGCCUUUGCUUUUGCUUACUGACCUUAGACCAAAGAGAAGUAGAUCAAUUUCCAAGGGAUCCACUGCAUUUUCUUUUCAUAUAAGCGAACCUUUUUCGGUGUUUCUCUUGCUCAAUUUUUUAACAUCUUUCACUAAGGUUGCUGUUGGAACCUUUUGUUAAAGGAAGUUUAGUGAGUUGGGGUGUGUCUGUGUGUGGGUGUGGGUGUGGGUGUGGGUGUGGGUGUGGGUGUGGAUGUGUAUGAGUGUGAGUGUGUGUGUUAAUACAUGAUGUAUCAGUUCAGAAGUUGUUGAAGCAAUGGGAGUUGGUGUUUGUUGGAUCUCCUCGACCAUGUAACCCCUAUACCCUGUGUUGAUAUGGCAAAAGAAACUUGAAAUUGUACAUGAAGUGCUCACCUUGGUUGAGGAAAAAUGGGAAUGUUAAGGCCAAUUAUUGUCAAAAUAAUCACACGUUGAUGA